AUGGACCCGAAUGCAGCCGCCGCUUAUGCGUCAUCGUUCAAUUAUGGUGAAUCAGCGUACGCAGCGCCGUCGGGCCGUGGAGAUUUUUCCAGCGAUUCCGUGAGUCAGGGCGGUUGGACGCAAUGGCCGAAGCAUGGUCAAGGUUUUCCGAAUCAGUCGUUCCAAUAUCAGCAGCAAGUGAAGCCGCCCAUCGGCAAUCUUCCGCCCGUCCAAUUCAAUACAUUGGCGAAAUCGCGCGUCGGCUUCCCGUAUGGCAUCGGCGCGUCGCCAGCCGAGAUGGUCGGCACGCUGGAGCGAAGUGUGCCGAAUUUUAGCCACGAAUGGGUUCGUCAGAAUCAGAUGCGCUCAUUUCCGCAUCGAAAACCGCCGCAAUCCGCUCAGUGGAAGAAUCGCCCAAAAACGUCUCAGCAGAAGGCGUUCGACGCGACCGGCAAAACGCCGGCAAUGGUGCUUCACGAAUUGUUCAAAACCGUCGCCGAAGAGUAUACGGAGGUGUGCUCGAAUCCGAAGCGAUAUUGUUGCACGUUGAGCGUCAGCGGGCAAGAAUUCAAAAUGGAGUCGUCGAAUAAGAAGACGUCGAAGCAGAAAUGCGCCGAGCUCGUUCUUCGCACACUUCGACCCGAUCUCAAAAUCACACCGUUCGAGGAGCCGAUUGCCGCGAAGCCGGCGCCGUCGAGCAAGCGAAAUGCGACAACGAUGGAAUGCCAACCGCCGAUUGUGCCGAAGCCCAUUGGAAGCACGAAAAAAGCAAAGCUGUCCGCCGCCGAGUCUGCGGUGAAUUUGAACGAUUUUCUGCGAAAGCUGAUUCUGGAGACGGGAUCGAAAUUGACGCCGAUAUUCGAAGUCUCGGAGAACACCGUCAAAAUUGAGGAGGACAAUGAGAUGGCGGAGAAGAAGCGGAAUUUCAAAUCGGAGGCGAUUGUGACGCUGCGAUUCGAAGAGAACGAGCGAGUUUUCACGAAAACCGGCACGAAUCGAGCGCUCAUCAAAGAAUUGGUGUGCAAAGAAGCGCUCAGCGUGAUAUUCGACGUCGGUUUGGAUGAUAUUCGAAUGGUUUUGAGGCGAGCGGCGAUUAAUAAGAUUGGAAAAGAAUUUGCGAUUGUGCCGGCACUGAACACCGUGUGCUCAUUGAUGAACUGCACGCUGAGCCUGAGCGUCGAAGCCUCCGAAGACACACCAUUGGGCGUCGGCAAAAUGUUUUACGUCGGCAAAUGUCGCGUGAUCGAUCACAACGAGAACGACAAACCCGUCGAAUACGUCUCGCCGAGUUUGGCGUCGAAACAAGUGGCGCGCGACUACGCCGCUCAGGAAAUGCUCAAAAAUUAUUUCGGCAUCGACGCGAACAAUUGUCCGCAAUCGGAGAAUGUCAACUCGCAGGGUCCGUGCGCCACACUUCAUUUGUUGCUGAGCAAAGACUCGAAGAACAAAUCGAAAAUCGCGUACGAGUUCAAGGAGAAUGUGCCGACGGUUGCCGGUCAGAGCACCAAUGUGUUUUAUUGCGAUUGUGUGAUCGACGACAAAGAGCGUUUCACCGGAAGCGGACGAUCGAAGAAGUUGGCGAAAAACGCGGCGGCGAUAGUGGCGAUCAAGAAGAUCUUCUCGAUCGACUUCGAUCCGAACGUCGCCUAUCCGUUGGCGAUGAGCCGACGCUUCAUCGCCGAAUCGCGUGUGUCGCCGUUGUGUCGCGACGUCACCGAGUUCGUCAAACGCGAAUAUUUGGCAAUGUGCGGCUAUUAUGGCAUCAGUCCGAGCAAUUUGAUCGCAUGCUUUUUGCUCCUCAAUGAGAAAGACGAGAAGCGUUUGAUAUCGAUCGGAUCAUCGACGCAAUAUGUUGUGGAGCCCGACACGUUGAGCGGAGCCAAUGGGACCACGCUGAUUCAUUUGGACCCGAUUGUUCUUGCCAGACGAUCAAUGCUAAGAUACUUGAUGCAGGAGCUGAAGGCGUUCGAAGUGGACCACGCGAGUUCGAUUUUCGAUCGUCACAUCGACGGCAAAGCGAUUCUGAAGGCCAACCUUCGUCUGGUGCUCUUCUCGAAUUUUCCGCCGGUUUGCUCGUUGUCGGUGGACGACGCGGCGAAGAAGCGCCUCGGCUACGUGACGCCGUUGACGAUCGCGCCGGCGCCCGACGAGGCGUUGAGUUUCGACGAGAUCAAAUCGACGAAAACGCUCCGCGUGCAUUGCACCGCCGACAAACUGUUCAAAUGGAGCGCGAUCGGCGUGCAGGGCGCGCUCUUGUCGAACCUCAUGCAUCCGAUCAUCGCCAACACGGUGUUCUUUGGAUGCGAGGCGCCGGUGCCGGACGAAUCGCUCAAAUACGCGCUGUUCGGACGACUCGGCGCGCCGAAGAAUGAGAUUGUCGUCGAGAGCUAUCCGACUCAAAUGCGCUUUUUGCCGACGAGCUGCCAUCUGCAAACGCGCGGAAUCGACGGCGUCGAGCGCAUCGAUUACGUGACGGGACGAACCGUCAAAGGCUCGCCGUCGCGCGUCUCGAAAGCCGAAAUGUUCGAGGCGUAUCGAGCGCUUCCUGGCGUCGAUUUGACGAUAUCGAAGUACGCGGACGCGAAAAAAUCGGCGGCGCCGUAUCAGGCGGCGAAAAUGGCGCUCUACGAGAGUCUCGCGGCGAACGGAUGGGGUCGAUGGCAGACGAAGCCCGAGAAUCUCACCGACGAUUUUGUUGUGGCGUCGUUCGACUGA